AUGAACUCCCACACUGUGAAAAUUGACACUACCGUUGUCAAUGAACUAACGAAGUUUGGAAGUGAAAAAGAUGCUGAGGAUGGCAGACUUUGUUUGGACCAUAAAAAGAAUGGCAAUAUUGAUGAUAUUGAAAUGGAGAUAGACAUCGACUCCCAGAAGCCGCUAGUCUACAGGGUAGAUGAGACUCCGCCUUUUCAUCUAUUGGUGCUGUUUGCUUUUCAGCAAACACUCCUGGCUGUUGAGACUACAAUCGUGGUAUCAGCGCUGGUGGCGGAGGUAGCGUGUGCGAGCCAUGACUUCAACGUCAAGGCUCAAAUCAUGAGCGCUACGAUGAUUAUGGUUGGUGUGUCUACCUUCCUCAUGUCCACUAUUGGUGUCAGACUGCCGAUAUUGCAAGGGCCUACAAUGUUGAUCAGUAUGAUGGUGGGCUGGGCUCUCAGUGCUAUACUGACCAGUGCUGGCUACUUCUCAGACGACCCGGAGGCCAUAGACUACUUGGCGAGAACUGACUCCAGGCUCUAUGUUAUAGACGAUGCCCCGUGGUUCACUUUUCCAUAUCCUGGUCGGUUCACGCCUCUCAGCUUCCACGCCGGGACGUUCGUGAACUUUCUGCUGGCCACACUCCUGUCUAUCAUGGACUCCGUGGGAGACUACAACGCCACGGCAAGGGUAGCCCGGGUCCCGCCCCCUCCGCCUUACGCCUUCAACAGGGGCAUCGCCGUGGAGGGGUUCACCUCUAUCAUCAGUGGCGCCAUGGGCUGCGGACACGCCACUGUCUCCUGGGGGUCACCCAUCGGGGUCAUGGGCAUCACUAGGGUUGUGAGUCGCCGAGUGUUCCAAGCCGUGGGCUGCCUGUGGGUUCUCCUCGCCUGUGUGGGGAAACUUGGUGCAACGUUUACCACCAUGCCCUUCCCUGUCCUAGGCGGCGUGCAGAUGGUCAGUGUCGGGAUCUUCGUCGGCGUUAUCCUCAGCUAUUUGCAGACUAUUGACCUGAAAUCUCCGAGGAACCUCGCUAUCAUCGGCAUAGCGUUACUACUGGGCCUCAUCUUACCAGCAUGGUUGAAGACAAGACCGGAUGGAAUCAAUACAGGUAACGAGGAAGCAGAUAAUAUCCUCAAGAUGCUUCUCGCCAAUCCGUCCUUUAUCGGCCUUGCUUUUGCUCUUACUAUGGACAACCUUAUACCAGGAACUUUGAAGGAGCGUGGCCUUGUGCCCUAUAGUAAAACCAGCAUGUCACAGCCAGGGAAAGGAAAUAAGGACACUUAUGAGGGCGGGAUAGAAACCUAUCGGCUGCCUUUUAUUCCUGCUCGCUUUCGUAGAAGCAGAUUGCUUAAGCUCAUCCCUCUCUUCGACUACGAAGGAGAGUGA